AUGGCACUUAAAGGCGGCGUGAUCACUAGGCGGGCCCUGUGCCUGUCGGUGGACGGCAAGCUAUUUUUCGCUCCGUGCGGCAACGACGUUCGCGUCUACAGCGCUGUUAGCGGCGAGCAUGUCGGAACGCUCGUUGGACACACAGCCGCCGUGACCGCGGUGGCCCUGGACCCCAGCAGUGAUGGCCAGGUGCGCCCGGCGGCGGCGGCCGCCACUGCCGCCGCGCCGCCGCCAAUCCGCGUGCCCGACAAGGUCUACUCAUCAUGUCAGGACGGCACCCUGCGGCUGUGGGAUCUGGCCAGCGGCGACUGCUUACGCACGCACGCAGUGGGGCAGCCGGUUGAGCACAUGGUCCUCAGCCGCGCCUCAAACAUGGCAUACCUCUCGCUUGUCCACCGCCUCGGCGCCGGGAAGCUUCUCGGCUUCCAGCUUCCGUCCGGCGUCCCGCUCAGCAGCGGCGUCCGCCCGCGCGGGCCGCUGCGGCAGAUGGUCGCGAGCCCCUCGGGGCGCUUCCUCGCGGCGCCGGACAAAUUCUCCCUGUGGGUGUGGGCCGCAGGCGAGGACGGCGGGCGGCGGCCGGCCAACUUCCACCACGUGCGGGCGUACACGUGCUGCGCCAUCGACGCGAGCGACACCAUCCUGGCGGCCGGUGACGUCAGCGGACGCAUAGUGAUCUGGCACGGGUUCCAGAAGGCGCUGCCGGCCGGCGGCGCGUCCAGCAACAGCGCCGGCGGCGGCGCCGCGCCCGCGUGCACGACGGUGCACUGGCACGCGCAGGCGGUGGGGUGCCUGGCGUUCAGCCCGGACGGCGCGCACCUGCUGUCUGGAGGGAUGGAGGGCGCGCUGGUGCAAUGGCAGCUGGCCACCAACAAGCGCAGCUUCCUGCCGCGGCUGGGGGGCGCGCUGGUCGGCAUCUUGCCCUGCCCCGCAGACCCCCGCAAGUACUGCGUCGCGCAGGCCGACAACACGGUGCGCGUCAUCAACGCCGCAGCCAUGCGCGUAGAGGCGACCGUCCACGGCCUCCGCCCCGCGCCGCGGCCGCCGCCCGGCCGCGCGCCCGGCGGCUGCGCGGCGCUGCAGCCGGGGACGGGGCACCUGGUGGUGUCGGGCCCCAACGCGCUGCUGCAGUUCUUCGAUGCCGCGCGGGAGCGGCACGCGUCGCGGCUGCAGGUCGCAGCCCGCAACCCGGUGUCCCUCACCCGCGACGCCGCGGCGCUGGUGGGGGCCGGCGGCGGCGCCGGCGGCGCGCCGGUGGAGCCACAGGUCGUGGCGGCCGCGUUCAGCGCGUCGGGUGACACCCUGGUGACGCUGGACGUUGCGCCUGGCACAG